AUUUCUACUUUACCUGGUUCAUUGUUACAGUUCCCAACUAAGAAUUGAUCGGGGGAGGGAAAUUUCAUAUUUAUUGGAUCAUCUGAUCCUACAACAUAUAUUUAUGUCUUUUAUUUUUUAAAUUAAAUUGGAAUGAACAUCAUUAAUUUACAAGAGUAUCAUAAUAAAUAAUUAUCUCUUUCAGAGACUGAAAAUCAUUGAUAAGCCACAAGUCCACGUUCAUCUCCACCCUUCGUGGUGAAAUCUAGAGUCUUAUAAAAGAACAUCUUCUGCCUGAUCUGAGAGAAAGCAGCUGCUGGUGUUAUAUAUUUACAACACAACACAAGAACGAUGAUUGCAUCCAAACUCCAGGAAAGUGUUGAGGUGAGAAUUGCACGCUCUCUACAUACAAAGGAGGAAGAGUUUGUAUUUGAACGGAGAAAAACAGUUUUUCAAAGCCUGCAGAAACUCAAGAUACACUGCAGUAAGGAUGCGGUGCCAAACAUUGCAUUACUGGGUUCUGGAGGAGGACAAAGAGCCAUGGUGGGUUUGCUGGGAUCCCUGGUUCAGCUUGAUAAAGCGGGUCUUCUGGACUGCAUUUUUUAUCUGAGCGGAGUCUCUGGGUCCACCUGGUGCAUGGCCUCCUUAUACCAAGAACCAGACUGGUCCACCAAACUAGAAACUGUGAAGGACAAAAUCAUCAGGAGACUCAGCGGUCCAGGAGUCAGCUGGGAAGACAAAUUUGACAAACUAAAGAAAUAUUACUAUGGGAAAGACCACUUCAGCUUGACUGACGUCUGGGCAGUGAUGGCCAUCACAACAUAUGUGAAAGAGAUUGACAAAUGCAAACUGUCAGAUCAGUGGGACCAGCACAAAGAAGACCCGUUUCCCAUCUACACAGUGAUCGACAAGCAAUCCAAACAGUGCAAGGACGAGGAAGCUGUUAUAUGGUGGUGUUUUCUGUCUGCAGACCCCUGGUUUGAGAUCAGUCCACUUGAAGCAGGUUAUUCUCUCAGUGGGGCAUUUGUGAAAACCUCCAGCUUCGGCAGCCAGUUUGACAGUGGCACAAAGACAAAACCUCAGGAUGAAAUGGACAUGCUGUACCUGCAAGCUCUGUGUGGCAGCGCUUUAGCUGAUGAAGAUGAAAUUAAGAAAUUCCUCUGGCAAAAAAUAAACGAUUUCUUUAAAAAAUUAUCUUCUAAAUGGCCGAGAAACAAGGAAACAAGGAAAGAUCCUAAAGCUCCAUCUGCAGAAAAGGGUUUCCAGGUUCUCAUGGAUCUUGCUAACAUGAAUCUCGAUGUUUUGAAUGGCAAAGAUCCUUCAGAUCUUGAUCAAUCCAUCAGAACAAUGCUGAACGAGCUCAGUGGAGGCAAACAUCAGCUCAUUUUUCCUAUAGAAAAACUGAAUCUUGAAGAUAAAAAAGCUGCAGAAUGCUAUAUGAAUGAACACACUGAAGAUGUGUGUAAGAAUUUGAGUCACUGUUUCAGUUUGUGGCCUUUCGAUCUUUUGACAAGCAUUCAGAAAUGCAUGGCUCGGUGGAUCUGGGGCAGGAAAUAUGGCUUUCUACAAAACAUCAGUGAUGAAACCUUGCCUUCUACUCUUCUGGAAAGUGAGAUAAGAGAUUAUGAAGACACCGGACUGCUGCUGAACUCACCCUACUUCUCAGUGCUGAGAAAAGAAAGAAACAUUGAUCUCAUCAUUUCCCUGGAUUUCAGUGAAGGCGAUCCUUUUAUGACAGUGAGAGAAGCUGCUGAGAUUUGCAAGAAACGAAACAUCCCUUUCCCUGAAGUCAACAUUCCCAGUGAAGACCUGAAGAACCCAAAGGACUUCUAUGUGUUCAAAGGCACAAACGCUCCAACCGUGAUUCACAUGCCUCUGUUUAAUGUGGUCAACUGUGGAGGCAAGUUCAGACUUUGAAAAAAUCUAUAAAAAAAUCAAUUAUGCUCUCAUUUAAAUGUUUUACUCUUUCCUCAGUUGACAUUGAGAUGUGGAGGAACAAAUAUAUCACCUUACAAGGUCCUUACAGCACUGAGAUGAUCACUGAUCUUAUGGAGGUCGCUGGAAAAAACAUCUCAAACAACAGAGAGAAACUGCUGGAGCAGAUAGGUGCAGCUGUUGGGCAGAAAGGACACAACUAAUGAGUUGAAUAAUAAGUCCUUACUGAUUGUUUUAAUGUGUGUGUGUGUGUGUGUGUAAGUAAAACCCAUACCCUUUGUCACUUUAUGUUGACACAUCUUUUAAAUAAAAUUAAAUAAAUGAAAAUUUCUUACAACAUCAAGUAGAAAAACACAACAAAAUAAUUGUCUGUUUAUUAAAACAAAGUACAUUUCUUAUUCACUUGGUGCUUUUCAAUCAUGUUUACAUUUAUUCCAAACUAAUAACUAUAAGAAAUGACAUAUUCCAUUCAUAUUUGUCAUUUAGCUGUUCUUUUCAGUAGUCAAAUUAUUUGUGGAUUAUCAGUCAUUAAAACUUAGUAAACAU